AUGGAGAACCUGCAAGUACGGCGAUUGCUCCUCGGACUAGCCGGAUUAGUCCUGAUCGGUCCGGGAUCGGUGGAGAGUAGGCCGGGUGGCGGAGGUCGGUCCGCAAUGGACCUGCAGUCGCACUAUCUGCAGGCCAUCACCGCCUAUCGCAGGCUGGAGAGGAUCCUGCCCAAGGAGGAGCUGCGGGCGGUGACGGGCAUUGGGCUGCUAAACGGAGCCCGCCAGGCGGAGGAGCAGAUGGAACAGCAUCUGGUGGGGGCCGUCAGGGAGCUGUUAUACCAAAUGAAUCUCACGGAAAGCGCACGGGUCAUGUCCAAGAUCGAUGCCAUCGAACAGCAGUUGUCCCGGGACCAGAGAGCCCUGGAGAUCCUCAACAGGGUGAUGGAUGUGGUGUCCCAGGCCAAAGACGAUCAUGAGUUCCGGUUGGAGCUGAGGGAAAUGGCCCAGCAGCAACGGGUGGAGGAGCUAUACCAGCAGGAGCUCUCCGCCGAUCUUACGGACCAGCCAAAACUGGGCGAGAGACUGGGAAAGCUGAGGAAGAACAUCAUCAGGCAGGUGCCGCAGAUGAAGAACGAACUGGAGGCCAAGAUUGAGAAGGCACUGCAGCACCUGCUGGAGCAGGCUGGCGAGGAUGGGCUGCUGGCCAAGGCCAAGCAGAAGGUGGUCCACAAGAGGCAGGUUAAAAAGGGAAAGGAGCAGCAGGAGGAGGAGCAGGAGCAGGAAGAUCGGGCGGAGCAGGAGGAGGCGGAGCAGCGACAGAUGCCCCAGGAAAUGAGGAUUAUCAAGUCCAUACUAUCUGAGGCUCAUGACUUGCGCUUCCAGGAUGACUUUCAGGAGAAUAUGUUGGACCAGCCGCCGCCCAGGAGGAUCAAAAUAGAGCCCAUUGCCUCGGAGCUCGAUGACCUGGAAAUGAACGCAAAGUCGCCAAAUGUUACAGCCAAGGCCAGAGGCAAACCGAAAGUGAGUGCCGCCAAGCCGGAGAAACAGGUGGAGGCGGAGGGCACAGGCUCCUCGGAGCUGGCCACGGAUGACGCGGAUGACGAGGCAGGCGAAGAAGAUCCUGGAGCAGGUGGAGGAGGUGGCGGAGGAGGAGGAGGUGGUGGCCUGGUGGGCAUCAUCGGCAGUCUUAGCGGUGGUGAAGGCGGUUCCGAUGUGGGUGCUCUUAUUGGUGCCCUCACCGGCCUGGUCUCCACCUUGUUUGGCCCCGGUGGCCUGGAUGUCCAAGGUCUGAUCCAAACGGGAACCUCGCUGAUUUCUGGUCUCCUGGGUGGCAACAAGAACUUUGGUCUCGUCCUGGGCCAAUAUGUGGGCACCGCCUUGGAUGGACUUUCUGGAGGCGGCGGAGCGAUCAACAAUGGCCAGUUCUUGGGCAACUUUCUUGGCACUGUGUUGGCCGCCCUCAGCGCAGAUCCCGAGGAGGAGGGCCCGCCGCAGCCGCUAACCUUCACCAAGAACCUGAUAACCAGCUUCCUGGAGGCCAAGUUCCGACCAAAUUCGGAGGAGGGCUCCGAGGAGCGGCACGGAAGUUCGGAGCUGCCACGCCCCCGCAAAAAGAAGGAGGGCGGCGGAUGGGCGGCAGCGGCGGCGAGUAACUUCGAUUCCGGUGGGUUUGUGAAGCAGGUGGCCUCCCAUCUGGUCAGCAAUGCCCUGGGAUUGAUCCUGAACGCCGGACUGGGGGCCGCCGGAGGGGCUUCGAGUGCGGCCAAGAACAUCUUAGCCAGCAGCAGCAUGGGCCACCAUGCCAAGCCGGCGGAUCACCAUCAUCGAUCUUGGAAUCCCUACGACCACGAGCCAUUCUAG